ACGAUACAUAAAUACAUGACACCGCCCCAUUCCUUCAUCGUUAUCAACGUCUUCUUCUUCUGUAUAUAACACCCAGAGAACAAAAAAUCAGCAUUAUAAACUUUGGGUUUUUAAAAAAGAAAAAAGAAUUUUGGGUUUUCUUCAUUAAACAGAACUAAGUAAGUUUUGCAAUGCCUGGAUUAGCUAUGGAUGCAAUGAAUGGAGAAACUGGAGUUGAAGAACAUGACAAUGGAUUUCACACACCUUAUAAGUACAGUUUUGCUCAAGAGAGGUCUCCAAGAAGUGCACUGAGUCCACGAAGUGAUUCCCUUGAUUUAGCCAUUGAUGGUGUGGUGGCAACCUCCAUUGAGCAGCUUUAUCACAAUGUUUAUGAGAUGCAAAGCUCUGAUCAAUCUCCAUCAUUGUCUAGUUACGGCUCGUACGGUGAAGAAUCGAGGAUCGAUUCCGAAUUACGCCAUCUUGUCGGGGAUUUCGGUGUUGUUGAAAUAACAAAAGAGGUGGUGGUAGCAGAGAAGAAAGAAGAAGACAGUGUUGGUGACUUGAACCUUAAGAAAGAAAAUGAGGUUACUGAUGAAAUGCCUAAGAAGAAAAACAACGACAAGAACCAAACUCAAGGUGCUAAGCAUCGUCAUCGCUUGCAAUUGGAUUCCGAAGCAUCGGUGAAAUCAAGUCCGAAGAGCAAAUCAUCUCAAGAGAAAACUCCUGUUGAAAAGAGGCAUGAGAAGAAUGCAAGGAAGCAAAGGAAUUUUGGUGCGAAGUUUAACAAUGGAACAGGAGAUUCUCUAGAGGCAGGGCUAGAGAAUCCUGAACUUGGUCCGUUUUUGCUCAAACAGACAAGGAAUAUGAUUUCUUCAGGUGAAAAUCCUCGGAAAGCACUUGAAUUGGCAAUUCGAGCAACAAAAUCAUUCGAGAAAUGUGCAGAUGGAAAACCGAGUCUAGAGCUUGUAAUGUCUUUGCAUGUUCUGGCAGCAUUGCAUUGUAGCUUAGGCCAAUACGAUGAGGCCAUUCCAGUUCUUGAACGCUCAAUCGAAAUCCCAGUGAUCGAGGAUGGCCAAACUCAUGCACUUGCUAAAUUCGCUGGAUGCAUGCAACUGGGUGAUACUUAUGUAAUGUUGGGUCAAAUUGAGAAUUCGAUUUUGUGUUAUACAGCAGGUUUGGAGAUUCAAAGACAAGUUUUGGGAGAAACUGAUCCUCGAGUUGGUGAGACGUGUCGAUACGUUGCUGAAGCGCAUGUGCAAGCGUUGCAAUUUGAUGAGGCUGAGAGGCUUUGUCAAAUGGCUCUUGACAUCCAUAGGGAGAAUGGUGCUCCCGCUUCUAUUGAAGAAGCUGCUGAUAGGAGACUCAUGGGACUCAUCUGUGACUCAAAAGGAGAUUAUGAAUCGGCACUUGAGCAUUAUGUUUUAGCUAGCAUGGCAAUGGCAGCCAAUGGCCGUGAACUCGAUGUUGCUUCGAUUGAUUGUAGCAUUGGAGAUGCAUAUUUAUCUUUAGCUCGGUUUGAUGAGGCAGUUUUUGCCUAUCAGAAAGCGCUCACAGUGUUUAAAUCUGCUAAAGGAGAGAAUCAUCCAACAGUUGCUUCAGUUUUCGUUCGUUUGGCUGAUUUGUACAAUAAGGUAGGAAAGUUAAGGGAUUCCAGAACUUAUUGCGAAAACGCACUCCGGAUUUACGGAAAGCCAAAUCCCGGAAUCCCCUCAGAAGAGAUUGCCAGUGGCCUCAUUGACAUUGCUGCCAUAUGCCAAUCUAUGAAUGAAUUGGAUCAAGCACUCAAAUUACUUAAAAAAGCUUUAAGUAUUUUCAGUGAAGCCCCAGGGAAGCAAAGCACAAUUGCAGGCAUUGAGGCACAGAUGGGAGUCAUGUAUUACAUGAUGGGGAGCUAUGCUGACUCCUACAGCACCUUCAAAAGUGCUAUCUCAAAGUUUCGAGCUAGCGGAGAUAAGAAGUCUGCCUUGUUCGGGAUCGCUCUCAAUCAAAUGGGGCUAGCCUGCGUACAACGAUAUUCAAUAAACGAGGCAGCCGAUCUGUUUGAAGAAGCACGAAGCAUCUUAGAGAAGGAAUAUGGUCCUUAUCACCCUGAUACAUUAGGGGUGUAUAGCAAUCUGGCUGGCACCUAUGAUGCCAUGGGAAGGUUAGAUGAUGCGAUUGAAAUUUUGGAUUAUGUUGUUGACAUGAGAGAAGAGAAGCUUGGAACAGCAAAUCCGGAUGUCAUCGAUGAGAAAAGAAGGUUGAGUGAAUUAUUGAAGGAAGCAGGCAAGGUCCGGAGCAGAAAAUCAAGAGCAUUAGUCACCCUCCUUGACACCACCACUCAAAUAAUAAAUGAUGAUGGGAUUAAGGUAUAAUAAUCCUGUUUAUAGGUAAAAUACUGUAAAGAUUUACAUUGUAAAAGAGGAUUAAAUGGGUUGGUUUAUCUGAUUCCCAGACACAGAUAUAAAAGAAACCAGGUUUCAGUAGGGUCAGAUGAAGAGAAUUUGUAUGGUUCCAUUGAUUAUGGAGUUGUUGAUAUUCCUUUGUAACAUCUCUUAUUUGUAUGUUUCAAUCCUUUCAAUGAAUAAAGUAUAAGUUGAUAUACUAUA